CUCAGCUUCUCCUCAUUUGAGAAUAGAGGCCAUGAGCAAAAACUGGCUUCUCUCUCACUCCAGCAUCUCAGGAAGUUAUAUCCGCCAUUCCACCUUUUAACUUCCUGGCCACACCCUCACUUGUCAAGAGAGAAGUGCUGUAGAGAUUUGGUAUGCUGCAGUUGGCUGCAGUGUACAGAGGGUGUCAAGAUGUUGAUUUCGCCUGCUUGUUAGGUUUUGAUUUACAAAACUCCUGAUAGAAAAUACAACUAAAACAGGAACGAAAAGAAGAAACUACCUGCUCUCCAAAGCUGCUGAAAUUCUUUGAAAGGAUGGGAAACUGCCUACCAAAAAUGAGCCAAGAAUCGUGUGCCUACCUGAGGAGGAAGAGGAGAUGGAAGGUAAGCAGGGAAGGAUGCCCCUUUGCCAAAGGCUUGAAAUUCAAAUGUUUCACUUCUCCCUCUCCAGAGCAAACCCACAGAAGCUCCUCAGCUGCUGCUAAGUCUCAACUAGGAACCACCAUGGAGGACCAAGACCCUUCUCUGGAUAGUCUUGAAAAGAGAGACUUGAGUGAUCCCCAUGAGAUCUGCUAUGCCACCAUCAAUCACACUGUUAAGCAAAAACCCACCAUGACAAACAGCAACCAUGAGACUGAAUAUGCCUUUGUCAACAUGCCUGCCAAGAAGGGGACUUCAACCAGUCACCAGAACAUGAAGCAAAAACCCAACACAACAAAUAGCAGCCAUGAGACCGAAUAUGCCUUUGUCAACAUGCCUGCCAAGAAGGGGACUUCAACCAGUCACCACAACAUGAAGCAAAAACCCAACACAACAAAUAGCAGCCAUGAGACCGAAUAUGCCUUUGUCAACAUGCCUGCCAAGAAGGGGACUUCAACCAGUCACCAGAACAUGAAGCAAAAACCCAACACAACAAAUAGCAGCCAUGAGACUGAAUAUGCCUUUUUCAUGCCUGCCGAGAAAGUGACUUCAACCAUUCACCAGGACAACGAGUAUGAUUAUGUUCUAAUAAGUUAGGACAACUGCACUCUUACUGCACUAAAUGACUCUACAUAGCUUAAAAUAACUAGGAUGCUUUCUUCCAAACCAUUUGCCCAAUCACAUCAACACUUACAAUAAAUCCAGAGGCAUCUGUUGAAUAUAUAUAACCUAUACUUUAGGGUAGCUCUGCCAUCCCCCGUUCAAGUGACUCAUUUUUCCAUAAAGGAGUUAAGAGACCAUAGCAUUUACAGAGCAUACAUAUCAUAGUUCUCAGGAGAGUCAGAGUAAGAAAGCAUGCAUAAUCAACAGCACUUGCCUAUUACAACAUGGUCUAGUAGUUUAGGACCUUCCUUACUAGAAGCUGCCAAAGUGGUCUGUCCUCUUUCCAUAGCGUUUUACAGUUUGCACAGUGUUUUUACAGCCUGUGAUUCAAAUCUCAGGAGUGGCGAGGAGUCCUGUGGCACCUUAUAGACUAACUGAAGUGUAGGAGCAUAAGCAUAAGCAGAUUCAGACUAACACGGCUACCCCUCUGAUAAAUCUCAGGAGAAGUCUUAAUUAAACUGCAUUCUAAUGCAAAAAUAAAAAUUGCAUCGCUAAUGAUUCAAGUGCAAAUAAUGCUACAACUAUUCAUGCAGCCUUCCCUUAAAGGAAGAUGGAGACUGCAAAAGGUCUAAUGCUGCUUUCAGAUGCACACACAUUAGUCCCAUUAGUUCUAAUAGGACCGCUGCUAGCAUUGCAUUCCUGGCUUGUAGCACCAUAGACUAUUGCAGAUAUGGGCUGCUUAGGACAAGCAGACUGACAGCACAGCCAACAGAUAGAGUUAAUACUUCUGUCUGCCGUUUGGAGAAGAUAACCAGUCCAGGCCAGCAGGAAGCCCUACAGCCCUACUGUUCCAGUUCUGCUAUUCUUCAGAGACCAACAAAUAUGACACAUUCCUAAGAGAGAAAAGGUCUACAGUCCACUACAGGAGACAGCUGAACUCAUUUUCUCUUGCAACUUCAACGAGACUGAGAAUUAAGUAUUACACAAAUUGGAAGGGUUAAUGCAGUGACACUAAUUCCCUGUAUCCUUGCCUGGACAUUUGAAUGCCUCUGAACCUAAUGCAAAUAUACUGGAAAAAAACACACCAAAUAACUUUUUUCUGAUUUUGACCUUCCCAUGUACAUAAUUGCUAAACAUACCGUCUGGUAUUUCUGUGCCUUACUCCUCCCUUGCUUGCAAUUCAUUCAUUUGAAUACCAUCCCAUGUCCAUGCAGCUCCUCUGGAAAGAAGCUCGGGCUCAUGGAAACUCUGCCAGUGUUGGACAGAUAUAACUAACCAGACAAAGCAAGGCAGUCUUAUCUGCACCUGGAGUCUUUGCACACCAGUAGAGUGCAGAGCACCAAUUCGGACACUGUAGAAAACAUGCUACAUUAGAGAGGACAACAGUUAUCAGGACUAAAUUUUCUCAUCCUCCUUCACUUGGGUUCCAACAUCUGGACAGGACAUUCAAAUGAGCAAAGUGCUUUUCAACAUGUACUAACCAAAUCACUGUAUAUUUUCACGUUGGAUAACACCAAACCCCAUUCAUCUGCCAUGUGGGUGUUUUGUAUGGUUUAAACUUAAAAUAAAAAGGUAAA